AUGUCUGAACCUUGCAAACGGAAAUUGGUGACGCUUUUGCCUAACACCAUGAAAAAGCGCCAGCAACGUGCUGCUUCCAAGCCCACGACGGUGCUCAACAAUCCUCGUGCUGUUACAAAGGGCCAGCCGAAACUCCGCUUCCUGAAGUCUUGCGCAAGGUGUCGCAAACAUAAAAUCAAGUGCAAUCUCAGUGAAACACGCCCAAACCCGUGCUCUGCCUGUUCCCGGCGAGGCCACGACUGCCACAUCGAGACGGUCGUCCAUGUGCAGCGCUCCACGAUCAUCAAAAACCUCGCAGAUAGCAUCGAGGACAUGAAGGCCCUGGUGGACAUGUUGAUGCUGCAGGAUAGGUUGCUUCAGAACAUUUGCCAGGAAAGAGGAAUUAAAGUGGACGGGCUUUUUGAUUUAGAGUCUGUCUCUGCUUACCCCUCACCUAUGUCUUCGCACACUCCAUCUUGCGACGAGAGCUGCAAGUCGCUUUCCAUCGAUUCGUGUUCGCCGGUCCCUUCGGAUGACGAGUACUCCUUCGAUGAGUCCCCUUGCUUCAAGCUUGGUAGCAAGGAGUAUCCUGCCGCCACUAUCCAGUCCUGGCUCAGCGAAUUCAACACGGGCUACCUGGCAAAAGCCCCUAUCAUGCAUCACAUAUCCUCGCCAACUCAGUUAUUCCAUCAGUCGCCACUUCUCUUUUGGACCAUCGCCUAUCUUGUGUCCAAAGAGGCAAAUAUCGUUGGCUAUUUAAAACAGCAGUUGCAGGACUCCACCGAUAUUUAUUCUAUUCAGGCCAUUGUCCUGUUGUCCUCUUUCCCUCAAAAACACAAGUUCGACAUCUAUUCUCUUCUUCAGCGUGCAAGGGAGAUCGCUGUCCAGCACGAGCUGAACAAAGAUUAUUCCCCGCACUCAAAAUUGUCUUCCACUCACUCGCAAAAUAUCUGGUGUCUGAUUUUCGUGCUUGGAACUUUGCAUAGCUUCAGACUGGGGAAACAAUGGUCGACGUCGUCAGACAGGUUGUUGGAGCUUAAGAAGAACCAGAGCUCGUAUACUGGAGAGCUAGUGAACAUUACGCUCUAUCUGUCAAAGAUGCUCAACAGUCUGGUUUUCGAUAUCGACAAGGAGAAUUCGGCAAUGGACAAUCUGAUUCAAAGCUCCUUGUCUUCUUGGAAACACCAACUGAGCUCAAUAGCAGCGCCUGAAUAUCAAUCUCUAUGCUGUCUGUUGUCCGUGAUUCACCUGACACUAACUCUUCUGGAGCCUGCAAAAGAGCUGGCAGACAAAGCUAUCCAAUACUCCGCCCUGAUCUCUCGCUGUCGCGAGCUGGUGGACCAGCUGGUGGGGAUGGACAUCGAACAGUCGCCGAUAUUUAUUAAGAUCGCUUUGGAUUUUGCCACACUCUUGACUCUUCGCCUCAGCACUACGCCUUAUAGUUCGUGCCCCAAAGAGGAACAAGCCGCUCUGGAGAUGUUUGUGAAAAUGUUCAAAAAGCUCUCGUCAACACGGGAGUUUGACGACUCUUCAGAGCUGAUCUUGUCGAUUGUCAAUUACCAAACCGCAACGGUCUCUCACGGCUCUCUGUAUUACCAAACUUAUUCGUUUGCAACUAAUCUUUUGCAAGGCCUUUACCCGACAUUGGACGACAAACAGAACCCAGAUACUGAGGAUCCAUACGUGAUGGAUGCAGAAUACCGUUUGUUCCAGCAACUGAAGAACUUGGAUUUAAGCAACCCUGAGAAACCAAAGCCUUUUGACGUCGUGGACGUGUUUUUGAGACUGGAGGAUGAAACAGACACUCUUAACGAGAUAAUCUAA